AUGCCUCUAGACCUUGGAGAUAUCGGACCAGCAGACAUUCGCGCUACCCGCGCUCCGCCUGGAACCUAUUCAUUCACCACCCAAGAGCUUAGCUACCCGCCCAGCAACAGAUCGUCAUCCGAAGCUCCCUCAGAGGAGCCCGUAGCACCUGCUCCCGAGAUGCCCAGUACACCCCAAGCCCUUCCCCGCGCGGCCGCCUUGCCUGGCACUCCCCAGGGCUCAGGCACUCCUCAACUCGCCGCCCCCUUUGGCGGCAUAAAUCUCAACUCUCCCAGUGAGAAUCCUGCCACUACCGCUCGCCGCCGCCGCUUCGGCGCCCUUUUGGGCGAAUCCCCCAAAAAGAAGCACACAUUUUUUGAGGAACUUGCGCAAAGGGAAGCCUUACCUUGUGGAAUCGACAUUCCUGGACAAGCCCAGAACCCCGGCGUCAAAGCCGCCAUUCCAUCCCACCUAGUGAGGGACAUGAAGGAUCGCAUAGUUCGAUACAACCAGAUUCGACAAGACAUUUCUUCCACGGCACGAGCUCGUCUCGCGAUGCGAGAAGUCAUGUCUGGUCCUGUUGGCGAAGGCGUUCUUUUCGAUUUGACGAGCGAUGACGAAGAGUACAUUCGUCGCAUACUGGAAACUCAGCAGAGCAACAUGAGUCUAAUCCUCCGAAAGAACUCUCGUGCCUUUCCAAAGGCCUUUCGAGAUUGGGAUCCCAAGAAAACCGAGGCGGGUACUUCCUCCAACGGGCUCAGAGUCAUCCUCAAGGAUAAGCAGAACCGUGCCUUGUUCAAAGUAACCAUCGGUGACUUUGAGGAAACGCAUGCCCGGAAGAUUAUGUUCGGCGAAACAACAGCUGGUCAUGUGCCUCCACCUAGCCCAAUGAAGCGGAAGACGGCCGACGUCCAACACAAGGAUCGUGCUGACAUGGCCACAUCUGAGGAUUCGUUCAAGAGACCGAAGAUCGUUGGCAAAUUCUCAAUUGAAGUCAAGCGAGCUCCCUCAGCGGAGCAAGCCAUUACUGAAAGCUUGGAUACCAAGAUUUACGAUAAUCACAAAAUCCGAGGUGUUCCUGGUGGAUUUGAGGUUGCCGUCAACUAUGGUAAUUUUGGCGGUCACCCUAUGGGCUUGCCCGGCAUGAAACUUGCUGUGCCCUCUGAUCUCGCAAAAUUUCUGAACGACAAAGCUCAGGGAGCAGCCAACAACACCAGACUUGGCGGUUCGCCGUACGAUCGGGCUAUGAAGGCUGUGCGAGAGUUCAUGUCGGAAGAGUUCAAGGAGUUCAGCGGACCAUGCGCACUGAUCAACAUGACUACGGAAGAAGAGUCCCGUUUCCUUCGCGCUUACGAUGGAGAGGAUUACGCAUCGGUGGCUUCUGCCAUACGCGGACGCCCUUCAUCCUUCUUGUCUCUGUCGCUUUUCAAGGACUGGGACCCUACGGCCACAGUGAUCGAGCGCCAUCCCGAUGGUGAGGUCACAGUCUUGUUUCAAGACUAUUUCAACCGCAAGUUGAUGGGCGUUUGGAUCAGAGGAUAA